AUGCCGGUCGCGCAAGUAUUUUUGUACAGCAUAGAGCUGAGAAAGGGAUCUUCCAAUAUCAGAUUACAUGACUUCUCGUCCGUCCUCAAUCGGUUAGAUGAUGUGGACCGGUCGCUGGCGCAUUUGUCGCAGCAAGUCGAGUCCUUGGCAGCAAAUCGCACCCAGGCCGCAUUGCCGCUUACUUUGUCCACUACUGAUGAUCAGAAUGGCCCGGAGAUAGGCAGAGAUGAACGACCAUCCACGGAUGUGACCUCGAAUUCGUUUCUUUUGAGCGAGGGGUAUGGCGAGCGUCUGUAUGGCUACCCCGCUGCAUUGUGCCUGUUUCGCGCCUCCCAGAAGCUGCUGGCAGCAGGCUUGAAUGCCAAAUCCCCGCCAUUGCAUGGUCCGCUAGCAGAGAGUUUGACCAAUACCGCCUUACGGCCCUCGCUGAUGCGACAUUGCGAGAAGUUUCCUUUUCAAAAGAGGUGUACCGAACAGCCGAUUACCGCUGACCAAGGACCCAUCACGUCGCCUCCGCAGGAUGUCGUGUAUUCUAUACUAGAUCGCUUCAUGAACCACGUCAACCUCCAUGUCCCCGUAUUCGAGGCUGAUAUACUAUAUGACACCAUUCCGGAUUGUUAUCAAUCCAAUGGUCCGCCCGUUCAGGCAGCAUGGAUGGUGUGUUUAAACUGUAUCGUCUUGCUGACCUUGCAUCUUGACGCCGGUGUGGUCCGACGAUCUGGCAUCCAGGUGAAUGCCUGGAGCAAGCAUUCCGAAGUAAUUGACGACUCCUUGAAAAACUGUCAUCGUGCCUUGGCAGACUUGGAUGCUUUGCUACAGCCUACUAUUGUCAACAUUCAGGCGCUCAUCAUGCUGGCAUUAGUGGCGCGAGAAUUCUUUAUUAACACGAUAUUCGAGAAGGUCUGUUCUGCAGCCUGUAAACUAGCACAAUCUAUGGGUCUCCACCGAUCCGUUGGGAUAGUGGAUGAUAGGGCGCUGGAAGCCCGCCAGCGACUCUUCUGGAUCGUGUACAGCAUGGAUAAAACCCGUGUCUUCCUCGGUGGACAUCCUCCCGAUCUGUAUCUGUUUAAUACGGAGUUCCAACCCCGCCUGUCCGCCCCGGAGAUGUCUGUCGAGUCACAACUCCGCUCCGCCGCGGCACAUAUAAUGACUGUCUGGGAGGAAAUCUACAUUGGAUUAUACUCGGUGAGAGCAGUCAGAAUGGGGGCAGAACAUAGACAUAACCAGGUGGAUCGGCUGGACCAUCUAUGUGACAAGUACCUACCUCUGGUUCCAUCGCAGGUAUCCCGCGACCCCGGUCUGCGCCUGAUGCAACUAGAGAUCACUUACUGCUAUCAUGUCAGCAAAAUUCUGAUUCACCGCUGUCAUCGGACGACAGAGGAGUGGCAGACAACCCAUGAACAUGCCGUGUUCGCUCUUCAGACCAUCACUGAUGUUUUCGAGGGGCCUGUGACACCAGGCAGCUGCGUGGUCCUGAGCCGAAUUUUCCAGAACUACCCGCUCGUUGCCUUUCAUGACCUUUGUGUGCGAUACCUGGCUGGAGACGGCUCGGACGAUGUAGCGGCUAUAGUCCCGCGGCUGAUCAACGUCCGCCGCCAGUUAAGCUCCUUAGCACAUCAAGACAUACGAAGUGCAUAUAUCACGAAACUACAUCUAGGCGUUGCUUGGUGCAUCGACUUAAUAAGCAUGAUUACCAACUCGAAUCAGACCUUGGAGCUAACAGCAUGCCUGUUGACCCCGUCGACCAGUACCGAUAUGGGGGAUUCUUGUCCAUCUGCGUCGGCCGAGCAUGACUCUAAAACUUACUGGCUGGGUGCUGGUAAUACGCUGACCCAGGAGCAAGCAGCUAUUUUCGAGACAUUUGAUUCACCUGAUUUCUUCUUUGACCAGGCACUUUUUGAAGCUCUGCUCCCAGAAGGACAUUUCACGACGUAG